AUGCGGACGCACAAGUCUAUGUCAGUUGAGGAGUAUUGUGCCUCUUUUACCGGUCGCAACCUCCGCUGGGAGGCCCUCGGGUCCAUCUUCACUCUUUGCGGAAUGCAAUUGGUCAUUACGCUAGACAACGACCCCGACAUUACGCAGGGCUCAGAUGACCCUCAAGCAAAAGACCGGUUACUUGAGCAGAUGACUGUGAUCAGUACCAUAUGCCUUGGUUUCUGUGACCAGACAUCGUCGGCAAACGAAUUACUGGCAAUGCUACAAUUCAAUGAUGUUAUGUUGCGAACACAACAAUAUGGUGAUUCCAGCUAUCAGGCAUGGCGUCGAUUGGGCGACCUGGUAUCUACAAUUUAUGCAGCUGGACUACACUUAGAAACUAAUGGUGCUGAUAAUUGCCCAUUCUUUCUUCGCCAGUGGCGGAUGCGCUGCUUUGUUGCUUCCUUCUAUAUGGACAAAAUGAUAGCAACAUUUGUUGGGCGACCGCCACUGAUGAAUGGUCGAUUCUGCACACUUGCUGCUCCAUUGGAUCUGAGCGACGAGGUCCUGGUAGCAGGUGGAGACGUCCUUAGCAAGGCUAUCUCAGAGCUAAACAGCGCCGGAUGGAAUAGUCAAGGGAAGUUACACCCUGUAACCCCAACCCGCCUACGCUUUCAACUGGCUAUCAUUCGGGAAGAAACUCUUGAGGUUGUACUGGGGACUCGCGAACAACACAAUCUAAUCCAGAAGUCUGAAGAAAUACAAGCAAAAUCGCGCGCCAUGUGGCAAUCCACUCCGGAUCAGCUUCGAUAUGACCGGCGAUCGAACGACCAUUACCAUGAUGGGUGGCUUACUAUUGUCUAUUUCUAUUUGGACUAUCUAUAUACUUGCUUUCUGCUGUAUCGAGCAGUCGUCAAGCACACAAACACAGGACAAGCGGAUCUCUGCGACGUGUCUCGCCGGGUGCUAGCCAUCGUCAUUCAGAUUAAUUCGUUCCGAACCCCAAUGGUCGAUCUAGACCGGCACUUUUCUUGGAUCGUCCUCACGUAUGGUGUUCCUUCCGCCAGCGUCCUUCUUCUUGAACUCCUGCAGCAAUCACAUGAGCCCGGCCCACAUGCCGUUCCUCUCCCACGCGCUGAACUGAUUCGCAACCUCAGCGUGUUUAUUUCUUUCCUAUCGUGGGUCGCAGGUCCCGGUCACGGCAAUUACCACACCUGCAAAGAAGCCGAGAAAAAGCUGUCUCGCAUCCUUGAUCAGCUACUCGACCCACAGCCUGUGCAGCAGCAUGUGGUGGAUGAUGUCACAACAGGCCUCGACAAUUUCCUCAAUUGGUCGAACUACAAUACGAUUUGGGACUUCAACACCGAUUAUAUGCCUCUUACCGAAGGAUUUGCGCCUUAA